ACCACAACCACCACAACCACCAACCUCCUUCCACCACCGCCACAAUGCCAAACUUCCUCGACACAAUCAAGCGCUCCUUCGUUGACGUCUCCAUCAACAAGGACAAGGAGAAUGCCAUCAACACCUCCGAAUUCCUCGAGGCCGCCGAGUCCCUCACCACCCUCUUCGAUGUUCUAGGUUCCGUGGCCUUUCAGCCCGUCAAGAACGACAUGCUAGGUAACAUCAAGAAAAUCCGCGACCGCCAGCUCGCCGCCCCUCUCGAAUCCGAGACCCUCCAAGAGCUCGUCGUCAACGAGCUCAAGACCAAGAAGCACGUCGCCACCGAAGGCCUCAUCUGGCUCGUCCGCGGCCUCGACUUCACCUGCAUCGCGCUCUCCCAGAACGUUCAACUCACCACCGAGGAGCUCUCCGUCUCCUUCCGCAAUGCCUACGGCUCGACCCUCAAGCCCCACCACAGCUUUCUCGUCAAGCCCAUCUUCAGCGCUGCCAUGUCGGCAUGCCCGUACCGCAAGGACUUCUACGUGAAGCUUGGGGAUGACGAGGCGGCGGUGCACCAGGGACUGACGGUUUGGUUGAAGGCGCUGGAGACGCAGGUGGCUAUCCUGAAGGGAUUCUUGGACAGGCCGGAGGCGAAGUGGUAGAUUGUGGGAGGGUGAGGGUGACGCGGGGGU